CACAAUGUGAAACAUUUCUCCAAAAACCUGGAGAAAAAAAGAAUUGCCUUUUACCCUGAAUUCUGGAAAAACCGGAGCAGCAGUGAUGACAUGGGUCAGGUGGCUGGAAAUACUCCUUACUAUAGUGCAUGUGAUCAUUGUAGGACCACCAUAUUCUUCUGGGUUACUCUGAUCUUGCUCAGAGAGUGUGCUGUUAUCGGAGUUACUGCUGACUGGGAAACUGCACUGUGACUAUGAGCAGUUGAGACAUUAUGAUGGAUAACCGUUUUGCCACUGCUCUGGUCAUCGCCUGUGUGCUCAGCCUUAUGUCCACUAUCUACUUGGCAGCCUCGAUAGGCACAGACUUCUGGUUUGAGUACCGGAACCCAUUCCCUCCUGAAAAUAACAGUGAAAGUAAGGCCACUUGGGAUGAACUCUUUGGGGAGAGCGCAGAUGAAAACUCCUAUACGGAUGCUCUCUUUCGAUGGAAUGGCACCAUCGGGCUGUGGCGGAGGUGUAUCACAAUGUCUGAGAACUCUUACUGGUACAACUCACCAGGUGAGAUGGUCAGAAAGUGUGUCAGUUUUUCCCUUUCGGAUCAAUUCAUGGAAAAAUACAAAGAUCCUGGGAAUCAUAACAGUGGCACUGACUUGAAUCGGACCUAUCUUUGGCGCUUACAGUUCCUCCUGCCCUUUGUCAGCCUAGGACUCAUGUGUUUUGGAGCUCUCAUUGGGGUAUGCGCUUGUGCCUGUCGGAGUCUGUACCCUACCAUUGCUACAGGAGUCCUUCACUUUCUUGCAGGUUUGUGCACUCUGGGUUCAGUUGGCUGCUAUGUAGCUGGAAUUGAGCUGCUCCAUAAGAAAUUACCCCCUCCGCGUGCCCAGGGUCAGUUUGGCUGGUCCUUCUGUCUGGCCUGUGUCUCUGCCCCAUUGCAGUUUAUGGCAGCUGCCCUUUUUAUCUGGGCUGCACGGACAAACAGGAAGGAGUUCACCCUUUUGAAAGCAUACCGCGUGGCAUAGUGAGACUCUAAUCUCAUCCCAAAUCUCUUAUUUUCUAUUUUAAGAUUGUUUUUAGCCUCCAUCUCUUCUUUUUUUGUUAGCUGUUCAUUGGUUCCACAGAAUGCAUGCCUCCUUGCCACUUGAAGUGAAACGGUUGGCAGGAUUUAGAGUUGAAAAGACUUUACAAGCCACACUGCUAGCUUUUUCUUGACAGAAAUCUGCACGGUUUUAUUAAAUUUAUAGGUUUUUUUAAAAUAUGGAUAUAAAUUUGAUGGCGUGUUUUGUUACUCCCAGUGUACAGCAUUUCUUUUCAUAUUUAAACCUCAUCUGCCACUUUUAGCCCAGAAAGAGAGUGGCUUAGAUAAAAAGCUAAUUUUGGCAGUAAAUGUAUUGUGAACCCAUUAAGAGAUAAACCAGUGCAAUCUUUUUCAUAAAUGUAGCAAUGGAACUUAUAUUGUGAAAUACUUUUGUUCCCUCCAUCUACUACUGUGUCCUCUUCAACCUUUCCUGGCGCAAUUGUUUGUAAACUUACUAAUAGCCAUGGGCUUUCUAAAUCUUGUGAAAUUAUGUCAAAGUUGUUGCUCUCUCCUUUUGUUCAUUGUAAGAGGAACACACUUCGCACGGUUUGAUUUCCAAUUUGACUAAUGUAUGUCUGUAUAUAAAUCUUGAAUUUAAAAAUCCUUUAUUUAUGCAAUACAUUACAUUUUUGUAUAAGUAUUACAUCACCUAGAUGAAAACUUUUGUUAAAAAAAAUAAACCUGACCAAAAGGGUCAUGAAUUUUA